AUGAGCAUACAAGACAAAAAGAAGAAAGACAAGAGCAAAAAGAAGGACAAGAAACAUAAAAAGGACAAGAAAAAGGAGCAAAAGCAUAAAACGAGCAAAGCUGUUGUUAAAGAAUCUAAUAAAAAUGUUGAAAUAAAAGAAUCUAAAUCGGACAUGACUACUGAUCAAGUACCUACAAAAGACAUUUUUGUCAAUAAAACUAAAGAAAAGACAAUCAAGCAAUACCAAUCAGCCUCUGAUUCAGACGACACAGAUCAAGAACAAUCGACACAGCGUCGAUCAGUCCCGAAAACAAAUCAAAAGCAAUACCAAUCAGCCUCUGAUUCAGACGACACAGAUCAAGGCCAACAACAUCUAUCCAUCAUUGAAAGAAAGAGAAAGAGAAGCAGCUCCAAUUAUCGAACAAGAGAAAUCAUUGAAGAUUCAGACGAAAGUGACUUUAGUAGCGACGACAGUGAGCCAAACGUAGACCAAUUUGCUCUAGGAAAUCAAAAGAAACGAAAAUUAAAGAGCAAUCGUAUAUGUAGCCGCCGAACACUAGAAUACAACAAAGACGCCAGCGCGGCAGACAAUUACAAGGGCAAGGCAUCGUCUGCGUUUGUGCCCACGGUCCAUCAGAACUUUUUCAUUUCUGAUUCUGAUUCAGAUACGGACUCAAACGAUGACUAUGGUUCCGAUAGUUUCCCCGAGUGGCAGAGAAGCUUUAAGAACAAACCGGCAAAUGCAAGUCAUUGGCCAAAGACACGUCGGUUUGGUUAUUCGGAUAACUUGAAAUUGGAGAAACGUAUCAAGAAGAUUUGUAGGCGUGAAAACAUAAGCUUUCAACAAGUACAAGAGAUCUUUGCUUCAGAUCGUCCAUCAGCACACCUCAAGUUCUUUCAAAAGAUCGCACGGCCUUUUCCUAAUAUAUCUUUGAAAUCACUCGCUAUGCACUGUCGAGAUGCCUAUCAUCCUAAACGAGACAAUACGCCAUGGACAGACGAAGAAGUGAAAAAGCUGAACGAGCUCGUAAAAGUCUAUGGAGCUAAUCCAAAGAAAUUGUCUGAAUAUCUGAAUAGAACGCCAUUGGAUAUUUCCAGAUACAUGAAUAGAAACAGGGCAAAUGAUAUAUCUAAAGUCUCUCGUGGCCGUUGGACAAAAGAAGAUGACGAGCUAUUAGCAAAAGCUGUAGCAAAACAGCUUGCUACGGGUGAUGGGAAACUAAGAGCACUCGACAUCGAACCAUUAUUUAAUUCGAAAAAGACAAAGGAACAAAUUCAUAACCGAUAUAAGCGUAUUAGACAUCGUAUCAAACCUGAUGGUACACUCAUGGAAGAUAGGAAGGCAACCGUCAUUGAGGAACUAGAAUAUCUCGAAAAAUUGAAAGAACAGGUGGUGAAUAAUAAAUUACAAGAAGAAUCACAGCUAAAUCUGCUCAAGGAUAGUGGUUUUGUCACAGCGCAAUUUUACUACAAACGUCGUGCAAGGAUACCAGGCUUUGAAAAGAUGAAAGUUUUGGAUAUUUUAAAUAUCCUCAUUGACCAGCAAAAACGGAUAGUAGAAUCAAGAAGAGAAGAAGGUCUAUUGGAAUAAACUUGUUACACGAGAUCGAAUCCCACAUUAUCCCUUUUAUACAUUUUAAAAGUAAGCCACUGAGCUCUUCUUCUUUUUCUUUUUUCUUUUUCUUUUU